UGUUAUAUUGUGUUUUGCAGUUAAUCCAUUUUAUAUAAGUAUGUUCUUUCUUAUUUUUUAAAUAGCUUUAUACAUAGUUCAAAUAUAAUGAAAUGGAUCAUUAUUUUGGCGAUUGUUGUUUCUAAAACAUUCGUUGUCGCCAAGGAGAUGAUCAAUGUUGGUACCGUGAUAUUCUCACCUAAACAACUAAAGAAAGAGUACUGGAGUGAGACUGAUUUAGAUUUGCUGAGAGCUAGAAGAUACUUUCAGUUUAUAUUGCCUCCGCUGUCCUUAGUAGAUCCUUCGGUCAAUAAUUUUGAAAAUUCGUUAUUAGAUUAUUUUGCUGGAAUUGUAGAUCUCAUAAAAAAAGAGAAACUAGAUCCAUCAUCGACUGAUAUUUUGAUUACAGCUGUGUUUGAUGCUAUCGGAGGUUACAUGAAGGCCUAUGUACUACCUAUUACUAAAUAUGGUUACUACGGUGGGACAGUAUCACAAAGUAAUGCUGAAAAAAUAUACAGUUUCUAUCAUGAUAUUAAAAAAUAUUUAAAAACAGACGGCUCUGGAUGGACAAAUUUUGACGGAAAUAUUAAAAGACCUUUGAAACUUAUUGCAAAACAACUUAGAAACAAUAUAAGAUCUACAAAAGGAUCUUGUGAGCAACUUGCUUUCUAUGACGAAACCGCAACUGGAUUGAAUAUACCUUUACCCUCAAUGAUUUUCAAUAACGAAACACCAAUUAUGUUUGUACCUCUAAGAGAUAAUUUAUUAAUAAAUCUUCACUCAGAUUCAUACUCCGAUAUUUUGCCUAAAUAUUAUUAUGCUGCUAAAAACUGUUUAAAAUCAAGAAGUCCGAAAAAUGAAGCAGAAUUUGAUAAUAAAUUUAGCUCUUGGUUAACUAAUGAAGUUCUUACCAAAGUAGAUAAAGAUGAAGAUCACUUGUGUUAUGCUUUGGGUGGAAUACUGGCACUAGCCAUGAACCAACUGACAAGUAAAGAAUAUUUAAAUAACAUCAUAUCAUUCCCAAGAAUUAUUGAAAUUGGAAAUAAUAAAAAAUGUUAUAAAACUGGCUUGGACACUCAUAAGAUCAUUAUUUUUAUUAUGAUAAUAUUUUUUGAAUUGAUUGGAUGUAUACUGGUUUUAUUAUGUAUGCUAUGCUCAAAAUCACGAAAAAAAAAGAAACAAUCUUGUUUAUCUUUCCAUGUAAUGCCUAAAAAAAUUGCUGGCACUAAUCGAAUUUGUAAUAGUUUUGGCAGUCAAACUUGUGGCCAAUCUACUGCAGAUAUUGAUAUUGGAACUAGUUGUAUAUGUCUAGAUUCAUGUGGUGGAAAUAUUCACAGUUAUGGCAAACAAGUAUCGCAACAGACGAAUGUUAGUGAUAUCAUAACUAAAAUAAUCCCAAAUAACACGAAGAAACCAUCUGAUUGUACUGCUUAUAGUUCUAAACUUUCAACAGAAUCGUUGAUUAUAGAGUGUGAACAGAUAAAAAGAAAGACGAAAACUUUAGUAAAAUCUACAUCAACCCAAAAUUCUCAUAAAAGCUCUUCUUUGUUAAUAAAACCAGACUUCUGUUUAUCAAGUGGUAGCAAAAACAUUGUAAUUAAGUUGAAUAAUUCAGAUUCAUGUAAAUGUGAACAACUAAACAACCUAUUAAAACAGACAAAGACGAGAUCAUGCGAAUUUAAUCAGACGUCUCAAAAGAAAGAAAAGGUGAUAGCAAGUGAUUUUGAUAUUAACACACAGAAGAAGGAUAAUUUCAUAUCAUAUGAAUGCCGUUGUACCAAAAAAAAGGUCUGUACGGAAACAAGCGAAUUAAAUCUCAAUCUUAAUAUUUAUCAAAACGAGAAAACAAAUUCAUGCGAAUGUAAUAGAAAUAGCCAAGUAAAAGAUAAUUCAAUUUCAUGCGAAUGCAAUAAAAAUGCCCAGCUAAAGGAGAAUUUAAUGUCACGCGAAUGUCAUAAAAAUACCCAAGGAAAGGAGAGUUCAAUGUCAUGCGAAUGUCAUAAAAAUACUCAGGGAAAGGAGAGUUCAAUAUCAUGUGAAUGUCAUAAAAAUACCCAGGGAAAGGAGAGUUCAAUUUCAUGCGAAUGUCAAAAAAAUACGAAUUCGAACGUAUGCGGAUAUAAUCAAGAUACUCAGAAAAAGAAUUUAAUUUCAUGCGAAUGUAAACGAUACAUCAACAAAAAGGCGAAAUUAGUUAAAUGCGAAUGUCAUAAAUACACCCAGAUAAAAGACAGCUUUACCUCUUGCAUAUGUAGUCGAUAUAUCCAGAAAAAUUUGAUCUCAAAUGAAUGUAAUCCAUGUACUUUAAAGAAAAUCCAUUCGGAUGCAUCAGAACGUAGUCUAAAUAUCCAAAAGAAGGAUAGUCUGAUACCAAGCGGAUUUCACCUAAAAGUCCUGAAGAAGGAUGUACCUAAUUCUUGUGAAUGUAAUCUACAAACUAGUAAAAAAGAAAAUUUGAACUCAUGCGAAUGUCAUCCAAAUAGACAAAAACAAGAUAAUGAACAAAAUCAGGAUUCCCAAGAGAAAGAUGAUUGCAACUGUAGCAAUGAUGAUGUAGAUAUCCAGAAGUCAGAUAAUUCGAACUCGAGCGAAACUAAUCGAAACAACCGAGAAGAGAAAUAUAAUUUAAAUUCUUUUGAAGAUAAGACAGAUGAUACGAGCUGUUGUCAAUAUAAACUACGUACCGAGAACAUCCAGAAAAAAGAUAACGCGGAAUCUUGUGAAAAAUAUAUUGAAAUCCAGUAUACAGAUAACUCAAACUGUGGCAUUGAUAAUUUUAAUGUUCAAAAUAACGAUUAUUCGAACUCAUGUAAAUUUGAUCGGAAUAUUCAGAAAAGAGAUAAUGCAGAACCUUGUGCAAAUAAUAUUAAAAUCCAGUAUAAAGAUAAAAAAACAUAUUGCAAAGAUAAUACCCAAAAGAAUGAUAAUUCGACCUCAUAUAAAUUUAAUAGGAGCACUCAGAAAAGGGAUAAUUUCAAUUCCUCCAAAAAUAAUCCCGAAAUCCAGACGCAAGGCCACUUGAACUUGUGCAAAGAUAAUAUAAAUACUCAAAAGAAAGACAAUUCAAAAACACAGGUACAAUUUUCCCGUCAUAUUCCAAUGAAGGGUGAUUCAAAGUCAUUUUGUCGUGAAGAAGAACAUAAUGUAGACAUCAAGAAAAAAGAUAAUAUCAACUGUUAUCAAGAUAUUCUAAACACUCAGCAAAAGGAUAAUUCGAACUCUAGUUAUGACAAAUUACAUAAACAAAAAAGAGAUAAUUCAAAUUCAUGUGAAUUUAUCCAGAAGAGAGAUAAUUCGAACUCUUGCGAAAAUAAUACUGCAAGUAAAUCAGUAACAACCAUUGUAUGUCAAUGUAGCUUUGGAGUGGUAGCCAACUUGGGAAUCCAAAGUGAUUUUAAUGAGAAAAUCAUAGCUAGUCAAUCAUUGGAUACUCAACAGAAAAAUCGAAUUGAAUCUAAUAACAAAGACUCAAAGAAAACUAUUUCUUCAGAAAAAAGUAAAGCAAAUGAUGCAUGUAUAUUGAAUAAUGAUACCACAAAAAGUCUGAAAGAUAAUGUGAAAAAAGUAGAAGAUAUUCCAAAAUCCAAAGAUGAUUCAAAACUUCAACAAAACUUCAAAGAUAUGAAAAUAAUUAAAGAUAGUUUAGUUAAAAAUAGAAAAAUAACAGAUAAUACUUUCGUCAAACGUAUUAAAAUGAUUAAAAAUACAAUAUGUGAAGAUAAAGAGAAAAGAAAUAUAGAAAAAACACAAAUAUUAAAAAAUGAUAUUAAUCUGGAUAAAGAAAAAAAGGUCAGGACAAAACCAACACCUAUUAAAGAAGAGAAAAAAAUUCCCAAGCCCAAAUUAAUUGCCACGGCAUUGAUUGAAAAUGAAUGUACAAAAAAGCAAAUCGAUGGCAAUGUAGAUACAUCAAAUAUUUACCGUAAUAUUACAAGUAGAAUACCCACAAGGAUAAAUAGAGUUAUCGAAGUAAGAAUUGAUUGCAAUACAAAUAGAAUAAAAAUACAAUCACCCAAUCGAAGCAGAAUACCUCUUCCGAAAAAGAAGACCUUGGAUGAUUUGGAUAUUACGAAAAGACAGAAGGAUGGAAGGACACAAGCUUCUGAAUCUGAUCCUAGGCUGAAUGUAACAUUAUAACAUAGUAUCAAUUCUAGAUAAUUUGAUAUGAUUAUACUUAUUUAUAGUCUAUUAAA